GCGGAUAGCCGCGCUAUUUGUUCGCUAUAUAUCGUCGUGACAUGUGACGGUAGGGUCAAUUUUAGCAGAUGUUAAAGAUACGUAACGUUCGAAUAGAUCGCGUCUACUGUAAUCCGAUUAUUUCUUCGGUGACGUUCGUGAAACAGGCCCUUUACAAUCGCGAGGCGGCAAUCGGAUAGCAUUAUGCCCGAGUUAUAUGUUUCAGUUUCCAAUUUACUUUUCGAAAUUCCCAAAAGGAUGCAAUAUCAAUGGAGUAUAUUUGUUAUUAAGAUACAAUCGAGAUUAUUUUGACAAUCUGUGUGCUUUGACGAAAUUUACCCAUGAACAUCACGCAAGAGACUAUUUUAAAAAAGGAAAUAGCUCGCAGCGAUAUCCAAUCAAGUGAAAGGAAUGCCGGCCACAGACUCACCUUAAGAAGAAGUAACUUUAUCGCAACUUUGUUUCAUCGCGAACGAAGGAGCGAUUUUCUGCAAACGCGACAAACAAGCUGGGAUAAUAUCGUAUAAUGGAUAUAUAGGGAUCAUAAAGUUCCUUCCUUCGUCUUGAAAAAUACGCGUUUCUAAGAAUGGAUAAUACCAAUGAACGAACACCCCUCGUCGAAGGGAGGAUAGCGACGUCCACGAAAUUGGCCUACGCACUCGGACAUAUUUUCAACGAUUUAGCGGCAGCUAUGUGGUUCUCCUACACUUUGAUUUAUCUUCAACGAGUGGUACUGUUACAGCCUAUCGUCGCCGGUGCGCUUUUACUUUUAGGACAAAUUGUCGAUGCGAUUAUGACGCCUGUCUUCGGUUUCGUCGUCGAUCGUUACUGCAAGAAGAAAAAUUGGCACGUCCUCGGUUCCGUCAUGGUCACUCUGACUUUCCCCGUGAUAUUCGGUGGUUUUGUUCGUUCGUUCAAUUCGCUCGUUAUGUUCUUAUACGUAAUGAGUAUCGCGAUCUUUCAAACGGGCUGGGCGGCCGUGCAAAUCUCUCAUUUAUCAAUGAUUCCCUCGUUAACUAAUUCCCUUCUAGAUCGAGCCGAUUUGACCGCGAUAAGAUAUUCCGCUCAAGUUAGCGCGGCCGUGAUAGUUUUCGUGGUCACGUGGAUAGUUCUACCAACUAAUGGUGACUCGAUGGUUCAACUGGAUCAACGAGAUGAUUAUAAAUUCAGAAACAUCGUAUUGGUUCUCACAGCUAUGGGUUUAAUCGCGACAACCUUCUUCCAUUUUCUGCUGAAAGCUAAUCUCUUGGAACGACCAGAAAUUCCCAGGAAAGCAGGGGCCAAUGAUUCGAUCGAAAUUACUCCGUCAAAUCGUUGGAUGUCUAACGAAUGGGCACGCAUCACGAUUUUAUUGCGCGUUGCGAUGUUGUACGUGGCGAGCAGGUUGUUCAUCACUCUCGCCACCGUAUAUCUGCCAUUGUACAUAGAAGAGACCGAGGUCGGUGGAAAGCAGGCAUUGGCCACCGUGCCGCUUGUUUCCUACGUAUCUUCCUUUGUCGCCUCUUUACUACUUAAAUACAUCAACAGAUGUUGCGGAACCAAGAUCUGCUAUUUUCUCGGCGCCAUCAUCGGCACAAUCGCCGCCGCCGUUACGGAAUUUGUGGAAAGCGAUACGACGAUUGUGUACGUCAUCGCCGUGUUAAUUGGCGCGGGCAGCUCUAUCACGAUGGUCACAGCAUUAAGCGUGACCGCCGAAUUAAUCGGCUCCAGAACGGAACGCAGCGCGCUCGUGUACUCUAUCGUUACCUUCCUCGAUAAGAUCGUCACCGGCGUCGUGGUAAUACUCAUUGAGAGAUGGAGAUGCAACGAUAAGCAAUUUUGCCCUACGUACAAUCGGGACACGCUGUCUAUAGUAUGCGCCUCGUCCAUGUUACUGGGAUUAAUAACUCUGCUAUCUGUGUCGCGUUGUUUGACGUAAAUGCGGGAUCGCCCGAGAUACGAAGGAAACGUUAUUGUUCCCUACCGCGUUCACUGCCCGAGAAUUUUGUAUACAUAUAAUCAUAUACACGCUAUCCAUGACUCAUUCGUGACGCAAGAACAUGUUAGUAUUUUGCGUAUAAAUGAGUCUAACUUAAAAAAACUGCCAGCAAACAUUAACAUUUCAUGUCACGACAUUAAAAAUAUGCUUCAUGUGUACA